AUUCACUAUAUUCGGAAUCAGAGCGGUCUCGUAUGUUUAUGUUAUAUAAUUUAUCACCAUCUUGGGUUCUAAAGGCUUAUUAGUUUGUGGGAGUUGUCUCAUCUCACGACUUCCAAUUCUCAUUCCAACAACGUGCUGCGCAAAACUGCCACCAGUAGAUACUCUGCCCACCACCAUCGACCGACCCCCUUUGAAAUAUAUGCUGGUCGCUCCCUCGAGCCUACCUACAGCUACCUAGCGCUUGACCAUUCUUGUCUCAUCUGAUCUGAGCCUAAGGGAAUUUCUAGACCACUUCCUCAUUGAUAAGUGAGUGUACGGAUGCACCAACCAAAUUCACACUGCGACCACGGUGAAGCAAGAAAGAUACACCGGUUGGCAUAAACCUUCUUUUACCAGUCUAGCCCUUCGUCUUCUCCUUCGUCUUUACUUAGUAUCUCUCUACUUCCUGUACUAAGGACCAAGAUUACGUUUAUAUUGGUACAGGUACAGGUACUGACCUACUUAUCGAUAAUACAUUUAACAGCAGGCUGAACAAGAAGUCUCAAAUCUCAAAAAAUCGGAUCGAUUCGAAUCGCAACUACAUUCAAUCGAUAUCAGUAGUAUUUUCAAAGGGUGGAUUGAUUUGAUUUUGGAUGAUUCCAUCCAACAUAUAUCUCAUAUCGUUCUCCAACAAUUCACAUCGAUAUCACACACAGUUCAUCCAUCCCUCAAUCUUUUCCCGUCACUACUAGCUAUUACUAAUUAUUCUCUCACCUCACCUCACCUGUGUUCUGUCUGUUCUCUCUCCCUCCCAUAGCCAACAACCCUUCAACUCAUUUUCUCCACCCAACUCAAUUGACCCUCGAACUUCGCGAAUCAAGCUCCAGGGACGUUUCUUUGAUGAUCGUCUAUUCGCACUAGCUUCUUUUCCCCUUGCGAACUUGCGUACCUCCGUAAACAAUUCUCGAAUCUCCUACAGACCGUGCGCUUUUACACUCUAGAAACCGACAAACCUAACGUCGAGGGAUCGCAUCUGUCAAUUCAUGUUCAGCCUGGGUCCACCGUCCGUGAUACUCGAGGAGGAAGUGUAUCUGCAGAAAUAGAAGGAUAUUAAAAGGGUUUCUUUCGAGGCUCGCUCCUCACAUACAUUUGGCAAGAUGGAAUCGCCAGACAAUAGUACAUAUCUGGAAUCCCCUAUGGAGGGUGACGAUGUGGCAUAUCCGUGUAAAGGAUGUGGUGAUAUCCUCGAGGAGGGAAAAGCCUUCGAACUUGCUGGCAAUCGAUGGCAUUUGAAUUGCUUCCGAUGCAAUACUUGCGGAACUCUCCUGGAUUCCGAUGCGAAUUUGUUACUCCUGGGUGACGGGUCUCUUAUAUGCAAUAAUUGCACUUACAGCUGCAGUGCUUGCAAUAACAAAAUCGAAGACCUCGCAAUCCUCACCGGUGACCAAGCAUUUUGUGCAACAUGCUUUCGAUGCAGGAACUGCAAACGCAAGAUCGAAAACCUUCGUUACGCUCGCACAUCUCAAGGAAUAUUUUGUAUGAGUUGUCAUGAAUCACUAAUGGCUAGGCGGCGUAAAAAGUCGAGGGCCGCUGCGAAUGCGAAGAAAAAAGACGAUCAAUCUCCCAUGCUUGUUGAUAAAUCACUACCCGCCCUACCACCGAACGCCGUUCCACAAAGCGCCUUCUCCCCUGAACGUGAGAUCUCGGAUCCUCACAAUGCAGACAACCCUACAGAAUUAUCACCAAGGCCACGGCCAACAUAUUCUCGUACGGAUUCUUCAUCUAGGAGUAGUUCUCGAAAACCUCGCGAUGAUACUUCCUCUCAUCGAGCCUCCACCGAUACUACAGGCAGGGAUGGAUUGACACUUCCAACAACGACAUAUCGAAACAAUAGAUAUUCAGGGAUAUCGCAAAUGUCUGAGAUUGGAAAUGGGGAUGGGGAGAGCUUUUUCAUACCUCUCGCUCUGGAUCCAAGCCCUGCGCCAACCUUGACACCAAGAUCUACGUCGACAUCAUGGGACACAAAGAAGGCGAAAGAGAACCAAGCACCGGAUCGAGAUUAUUUCGGCGCGAAAGACAAUAUGCGAAGUCAAACUGAACCACAGCCCCAGAGACGAUCAAGGGAUUUGAGGGACACGAGUUCAACGUCAACACCGCACAUCGCAUUCCAAGAUAAAAAUCAACCAUCCGAUGAGCAGUUGGCGCAGAUCAAGGACAGCAUACGCAGAGCAGCAAACGGCACAGGCACACCUGCCAAAGAAUCAUCUUCAUCUACGAGUGAUGAUACUCUAUUACAACAUGCAAGCUCGCCAACUGCUGACGCCCCUGAUGGAAAGACACAAGGAUCUAGUGAAAAGUUCAGGUUAGGUGACGUUCCAAAGGGAAAACGGGCUGGAACGAGAAGCGAUUCUCAAUCGGAUUAUACUGGCAGCGAGAGCAACUCCUCGAAAUCUGCCAUUUCCAACAUACCUACGAGGAAAGACAGCAACAUGCCAAAAAUGGACUCUCCAAGGAGUCUAAUGGCAGCAGACCCGAUUACGUCCAGAUCUUCACUAGAAUCACGACCAAAAGACAUGGAAAAUUCUACUGUUUCAAGAGUCAAUUCUGGAAGUUCCAAAGUCUCAAUACCCCGUAAGGAGAUAGCCUCAGGACCAGUGAAAAGUCACGUUAGUACAAUGAGCUUGUCUUCCGGAACAGAAACCUCCCCAUCCACGGAAUCCUCUCCCGAAGGAACUGCUCAUACCCCGACAGUGAAUGGCAAAUCAAUCUCUGGCCCCUUGUUACAAUCGCCUAUAGAUGACAUGGCACCCCCAAAUCGCUCGUCAACUCGCCCUCCUCUAUCAAAACAACAACUCAGUGAUACAUACAUGACCCCAAGAGCACCCCCAGCGCCGCCAUCGGCAGGCUCGAAUGGUACCGCUUCAUCGCCCAAUCUACCAAGGUGGAGUGCUGGCGGCGAUCUUACCAUGGAUGAAGAUAUGGCUAGGAUAUUUGGCAACGACGAAGGCUCACAAUCUAUAAUUCGCAGAGUUUCCAACGCUGUACGUCAUGUUCGAAACACCAGUAGUGAAGCAAGCAUUUCUGCCCGUGGCCAUGGUCGUAGCGUCAGCGAAACAACCGCACGUACUCCCAACUCACCACGAUGGCCAAAAACACCAAUUAUAGAAGACACUAGCGGACCUAGAGAUAUUAGCAGUCCGAUUUCUAUAAGCUCGCCAAAUCCUGGAGAUGAUCCGGCUUUGCUGAGAAGACAACUUCGCAACUCCGAACAAAGAGUUGCAGAACUUGAGAGACAGUUCGUAAACGAGAAAGAUUUGAAAACACUGAACAAAAAACUCAUCGAAAAGCGAAAGACUGUCUCAGUCCUAGAUUCUCAAACGGAACUUAUGAUCCGCCAAUUAGAGGUUCUAGCUGGCUAUGUAGAGCGUGCCAAAGGUUCGAAACAACCACUUGACAUUGCUGAACUGGAAGAUUCUGCCAUCAAAGAAUUUGUUCAAAAGCUUGAUCGCCUUAAACAGUCAAUGUCUGGCGCAAUCGAACAACUCUUUGAGGAGCGAGAUGAAUUAUUAGAAGAAAAGAACCAAGCUAUUGCCGAUCGUGAUAGAGCUUUAGUUGAGUUUGAGCAAUUAUCGUCUAAAAAUGCACAACUUGCAGACAUGAACAAUGAUCUUACCCACCAAAUCCAGGAACGCUUUAAAUCGGCCAAUACCAACAUGGAAAGCCCAAGGCCAUCAACAAACGGUCUGGGAAUCUACACUCACCAUCAUAAGGAUAAGUCUAACGUUUCCGUUCAUCUAGAUAAUGCAAGCCUCCGCCCAUCGGAAAGCAGUAGUGCUACCUACAAUAAUUCGAUCAAUAGCUAUCCACACCCAAUGGAACAGGAUCCCAGCAUGGAGCCAGCGACGUUAUUAUCAGCUUCCCAUGUCGUCAAUAUCCGCAAGGGGCAAGCAAAGAAGUUCAACUGGAAGAAGGGUGGCCAAACUGUUGCCAAGGGAGUCACUAAAGGUUUCAAGGGUGCUUUCUCCAGCGGACAAGAACGGCCAUUAAACCAAUGGCCAGGUCAGACUAGUGAUAAUAUCGGUAUGCCUUACAACAUGACUAUGGAGCACGUGCAAUCUCCAGCGCCAAAUGCCUCUGGGCAAAGCUUACCCAGGUCUACAUCAAACGAUCCCUCUCGCCAAGGAUUUGGAUUAUUCAAGAAAUCCCAGUCAAUGCCAAAGUCGAUGUCUAGUGGUAACAUUCUCGCCGCCGAAAGUCCUUCAACUCUUUUUGGUUCUGAUCUUGUUGAAAGAGCUGAUUAUGAGCGUCGGCAAAUUCCAAGUGUGGUCACUCGCUGCAUUGAAGAGGUUGAAUUGCGUGGAAUGGACGUUGAGGGUAUCUAUCGGAAGACUGGAGGUACUGGGCAGGUCAACAUUAUCAAGGAAGGGUUCGACAAGACUGAAGACUAUGAUAUUUCGGAUCCCGACCUGGAUAUCACCGCGGUUACAAGUGUUUUGAAACAAUAUUUCCGAAAGCUUCCUGUACCACUUUUGACCUUCGAUGUUUAUGACCGAGUGUUAGAAUCAAUCUCUAUCGAAGACAACGCAGAACGCUGCACACAUCUACGGAACACAGUCAACAUGCUGCCUCCCAAGCAUCGUGAUUGUCUUGAGUUUUUGAUUUUCCAUCUUGUGCGUGUAGCAAAACGAGACAGCGAGAACUUGAUGACACCUAAGAAUUUGGCAGUGGUUUUUGCACCGACCAUCAUGCGUGAUCACAGCUUAGACCGUGAGAUGACGGAUAUGCACGCCAAGAACCAAGCUGUUCAAUUCGUCAUUGAGAACAGUUACGACAUAUUUGCCGGUGCUUAGAGAAGCUUAUAACCUUACCACGAAUCUUCUACGACCUUACACUUCUGAAUGAUUGGAACCUUUAGCUUUUUUUAUCUUAUGUUUCGCUUUCAGCAUCGGAUACGCAGAAAGCGCCGAGAUGUAUAUUCUUUUUUGCACUCAUGUUUAGCAAGGUGGUGGGUGGGGCGUUAGUUCUGGAAAGCGAAUGAAUGAUAGACCGAUUUUUUGAUCGGUAACAGAGAUGAUUGAGAGAGAAAUUUACAUUUUUACGGCGUUUUUUUUAAGUGCCUCGCUUGCUUCUGUAUUCUUUGAUUGAUGAUUAAUUUGAUUUGAAAUUUGAAUGGCUGGAAACCCACGUACUUGCUUGCUACCUCUCUUUCCUUUCCUUCAACGAGCUAAUUGAUAGGCUUUCGUGUCUGAGGAAUGCAUAUUGAGGGUAUGGUAGGACAUACGAGACGGGGGAGGUUGAUUAGUAGGUAUCAUGUAUUUCACACAAUAAGUCACUGCAGGGAGGGAAGUUUUGGCAUUGGCUUUGGCGGUAGAUUGCGAGAUAGAGAGUUCUUCGCAGCUUACGCAGGAAGGAAGAUACUAGAUUGAAAGCGUGGUUUAUUCAUGGGUUGGUUGAUGUUUCUCCUGCGAUGUAGUGCGGUGUGUGUGGUAAGGCGUGGUGAGGUGAUUUUAAUGGUUGUUAUGCGUGGGAUUGAUGUUGUGGGGGUUGGUUGGUCAGUUCGUUACGGAUGGAUGUUUGCGUGUCUGCGUGUAUGUAUGAAGGCUAGUUAGUUAUUUAGUUAGGUAACUUGAGGAAUGAUGAUUGCGUGGAUAUUGCACCGUAUGUCGUAUCGUCUAUCGUAUCUUAUAUUUGAAUGUGCGGUUUUGAAUGGAUGGAUGGAUGGAUGGAUGGUUGGAUGCGUAUGUGAAAUGGA